CUUUUCGAAACUUUCAGAAUGAUCGAAAAGUUAGAUAUCGCUUGGAUCCAAUAAUCCACCACUAACUCUUAUCCAUAAAUCCAACCUAUGCCCAAAUUUCUCCCAUCUAGAAAUUGUUUCCUAAAAUCAAAUUCAUUUAUCUAGUAUAUCCAUCUCAUUUGGGAAUCUACCGGCCGAGUAACCUCGAGCCACAGUGCAUAAUACCACAAAUGAAGAUAUAUAGCCGAGAGCCGGAUGGCACUGUCAUGUCAAAGACCCCACCUUUAAUUUGUACAUUACUCAUUAAUGGCCACGUUACGUAUAAAACCAGUUGUGGCCAGAUUGCCGUCGCAAUUAACAGAGGGAAAGAAAAGGGCUAACCAUCCAUAAUGCCACAGAGCAAGCAACAGCAGCCGGUGAUCACCACCAUAACGAUCAUUGCAACAAUCGUUAUCAUGGCUGCGCGGCGGCCGUUAGUCAGCGACAGGGGCGGACCCAGGGAGGUUUAGGGGUGUCCCCGGACACCCCUAAAUUUUGGGAAAACGAUUAUCCAACCCCGGUAGUAAUUUACGUAUGAACAAAAAAAAUAUAAUUGAUAGUGAGAGACACCCCUUAAAUUUGAAAAAAUGAUUAUCUUUCUGUCAUUUGUGUAUAGGAAUAUAAGUGAUAGGUUGGAUAGUUCAAAUCUAGAACACUAUUAUUAUUAAUAAACUUAAUUUCCGUUGAGCUAAACUCAUUUGUUGUUCGAUUUUGAACAAUGUGAGUAAAAUGGCAUUCCCUAUCUCUAAUUAUUUUAAAAAUCUAACAAUUAAACUAAUUUCAAACUACCCUUAAUUUGUAUUGAUUUUAUGAUUGUAUGACAAGUGUUGAAAGAGUCUUUCAGCUUUGGGUUACAUCAAGAACAAGUUUACAAAUCGAAUAUGCGAUAAGUUCGUGAAUGAUUGUCUAGUAGUGUAUAUAGAGACAAUUUUUUUAACACUAUAGACACCAAGUGUAUUCUACAAUUAUUUCCGAAUAUAAAAACAUAUCAUGGACUUUUUUAACCUAUACGAGUAAUACUCGUAUUUUUCAUAUUUACAAUUUUAUUUUUAUUAAUUAUUUUUAUUUUUAUUUAAUUUAUUUUUUAAAAGAGGACACCCCUAUGAAAAUUUUCUGGGUCCGCCACUGGUCAGCGAUGCGCGGAUCGUCAACAUCACCAACAGGGUCGGCAGCAUGAAGGCACUGAUAAUCCACUGCGCAUCCGCAGACGACGACCUCGGGGCCCGCGCCGUGAACGCCGGCGAGGUCUACAGCUGGCAUUUCGAGGACAACUGGCAGGUCCUGAGGAACGCGCUUUUCUGGUGCAACCUCGCGUUGGAAGACGAGCGUGUCUCUUUUCAGGCGUACGUUGAGCGAGCAGGCCGUGGUGGGUACGCUGUCCUGGGAUACGAUGUCAACGAAACUGGGGUGUUUGGCCCUGACAUGAACGACAUGUCGAGGACGUAUGUGUGGCUUCAUGCAUGGAAGCAAAUUCAGCUCCAUUGAAAUACAUGUAAUUCAAAUUCGUUGUUUGGAUACUCAUUUGUAAUUUGUUUGUAUUUUUUAAUUUUAUGUUUGCUUAUUUUAAUUUUGAGUUUUCUUAUCACUUACUACAAAUCUUGAUAAAUUACAGUUUGGUAUCCAAAUUUAUUUAUAUUACAAUUUAGUACCUUAAACUUUUAAAAUGUUGCAAAAAUGUCCUGAAAUUUUGAUGACAAAAUUACAUUUUUGUGCCUUUAAAUGUUUUGUCUCACGCUAUAGUACCUAAACUUUUAAUAUUUUACAAAUAAGUCCAAUCUUUUGUUAAUAGGCACUACAAAAUUAAAGAGCUUUAGGGACAAAAAUAAGGGACACCUUACUUAGUUUGUCUCCGGAAAUGAAAUGUAAAGUUACAUAGAGGACAAGUUCUAAAAAUCAUCCCCGGAUAUGCAGAGAGAUCAUAAUUAUACUAGUGGGCUUUUUUUGUUUGCCGUCCCCGCGCCCAAGGCGAGAUUAAUUUGCCGCUCAAUGAGAUAUGCGGCCUAAUUUUUUACAUUUUAGAUUUAAAAUAUAUUUCCAAUUUUUUGGAAUUUGAUUUAGCAAUUAAAUAAAUAGAAUGAGCGAAGGGGUAUAACUAGGGUUUAAUAUUUUAUUUCUCUUCAGCGUUGUCUCCUAAGGAGCAAAUAGUAGCGGCCGUCGGCAGACAGGGCAGAGAAAGCAAAUCGAGUCUUCUCUAUAUGGUGAAAAAUAAUUGUUGCUAUCGAUUACAAGGUAAGAACAAUUGAUUUGUUUCUCUUUAGAGAUAAAACUCUGUUCUCUUGUGAUUUACAAUAGGUAGUUUUCGAUUUUGGUUCUUUGUCUUGAAUGUUGAAUUAUAAAAGGGGCUCAAUUUUGUGAUUCUUCGUGGGGUAUAGGUUUUGUUUGGAUGUAAUCGUCUGUUUGAUUUUUGUACCCGGGGAAGGGUUAUACUCCUUUACAUCUUAUCCCUAUUUUGGUGUUAUAGUGUUGUAGUGGAGGAGAUGAAAGUUUGUUUCUUCACCUUUUUCUCUCUUAAAGUUUCGUGUUUUAUAGGAUUAGAUGAUACAUGAAUCCAUGCAACACAUUGCUCUUGGCAGAGUUAGCUACAGGAGUUUCAAUCUGUACGGAUAAUUUUGGAGGUAAUAUCAUUAAUUUGAAUAUGAAAGUUUGAAAUUCUAAUAAUUUCAGUAGCAUCUAACAAUAAUAAUCAACUUAUAUUAUCUUUAUAAAAAAUAUAUUAUGUAUGGAGAAGAACAUGUUCUUCUUCCUACUGCAGGUCAUUGCCUUUGUCUCUCGUGCAAUGAAUUACUAGAGAGGAAAUUGUUCAAGUAACAUGCAUAUAAGGAAAAAUCAAAUGGACACAUACUUUAACUUGGAGUAUGAUGUCCUACUUGGAUUGAUCUAUGGCCUGAGGAAGUUAAAGAUAUCAAAGUGGUUCAUGUUCUAGUAUUAAGAUCUUCAAAAUAGUUGAAUCUAGCCAUUUCUUUUUUUGAAUGCUUUUAUCCUCACUCUUAUUCUUGCUUCACACGAAGAUGUGGUUUUUGAUUGGCCAUAAAGUGACUCUUGACUAAUCUUUGAUUCUACUUAGAUUACGACAAUUUGAUGGGUGGAUGAAUUUGAAAGCGAAGCAGGGAGCCAAUGUAAGUGUUUUUAGUAUUAUAGUUUGGUCAUUAUUUUGAGUUCUCACUCCUUAUGUUUGGUUUAACAAGUUGCCCAAACCCUUUCAUAUUAUAGUGUUGACUGUUGAGACCCUAAGCAGAUGAUUACAUUGCCUUAAUAUGUUCACAUGCUAUUUGAAUUUUUUCACUUCGUUUCCCAUGGCAGAAGGACUAUUUAUUACUUCAGCAAUUUGCGUAGUGGGACAAUGAAGUAAUUGGAAGAUUGGAAACUGAAGAAACAAAAUUGUCAUAGGAUUAAGAGUACAAAAGCAAGCCGAGCAUGUUUGUCCAUAACAAGGAGGUUGAACAUCAGAGGAAACAUUGUUUUUGUUGGUAGCAAGAAGUUAUCUUUCAUUUUAGUUUUUAUAUUUUUUUCUGAAUGAUCCCUUUUAUCUGAAGUAUUAUGUAUUGCCCCAAAAUAAACAUGUAAGACAUAUAAUUAGUAGAAAACUUGUUAAGCGAGUGAUGUUGGUUCCUAUAAGCUACAUGGAUGACAAUUUGUUAUCCAAAGAUAUAGUAUAAAAGGGGUCAAUAUAGCGUCUCCAACUAGUCGCGGUACUAUCUUGAAUUUGAUUUUAAGAGACAAUAUUUUGUCCUUCGUACUAAUGUUUAUAGGGGACGAAUUUGAUUUUAAGGGACAAUAUUUUGUCCUUCGUACUAAUAUUUAGGGGACGACUUAGUGUUACCGAAGUUUUUGGUUAUAGGGACGACACAUUGUUCCUCAUGAAAAAGAAACUAGACUACAACUCAUAAGUAUGGGAGACGACUGUCGUCCCUAGUAUUAGGGACGACCUAGAUUUUUGUCGUCCCCAUAAAAAUAGAGGACAAGAGUAUAGGUGACCAAACAUUAGGGACGACUAUGUCGUCCCCAAAAACUAUAGGGACGAUUUUGUCUAUUUCCGGGGACGAUUUUUGAUGUCCCCAAACCUCCUCUUUUUUGUAGUGAGGUAUUUCGAAUCACUGGUUGUUGAAAUGUAUUUGAAGUUUGACAAGUAAUACACUAGACAUGUAUUUGGAAAUCACCUCAUGAAUUCGAAACAAAUCCAAAUACCAAAUGUAAUUAAUAUCCAAACACAAAUUGAUAUUUGGAAACCCAAAUCACAAAUACCUAAUGCAAAUCAUUAUAUCCAAACGCGCGCACCCUUUGGUUUUGUUAUUUUUGGUUUGAUCUUGUCAAAUCACUUACUUAACGGUUUAUUUGGUUAACUGAAAACUGUUGAAUUAGAUAGCUUGUGGAGCUCAAAACUUGACAUCUCCUUAGAGCAUCCACAUCAAUACAACUACAAAACCAAUUGCAUAUGAUGUUUUUAUUUUUAUCUAAAAAUUUAUGCAAUCUAAUUCAGCUUUAUUUCAUUGCACCUACAUCAAUGCAAUUCACUUGCAAUUGCAUAUAUGUGAGUUUAAUCUUAAUAAUAUUGAUAAUUUAUAGAUGUUAUUAGCCUUUUUGACAAUAUAAUAAAAAAAAAAAGACAAUAUAAUCCUAACAAUAUGGAUAAUUUAUCGAUGCUACUUGGUUCGUACUUAAUUAACUUGGUAAUGACCU